GAAGCAAAUAACAGCUCUUCAGAUACAAUUGAAUUUCACCAAAACAUUUGGAGAAAAGAGUUUGAUAGAGGAACCAGGUAAAACAAUAAUAAUAACCAGACAGUGUUUGUUGACGUUUUCUUUUUAUGGUUUCUGUCAGGAGCCGUUGAAUGGAAGUGGAGAGGGGCCGAGAGAUGGGUCCAGAGAGAAUCUCGCCGAACACCGAGGAGGAUCUGGCGCAGGAUCGGCCUGUAGACGCCGCAGUGCAGGAGGAGUGGAGCGGAGAGGACAUGGAGGAGGAUGAAGGAGGAGCUGGAGAUGAGGAUGAAGGCCAUGGAGGAGGAUAUUAUUAUCAGCCUCUGAAUCAAGACCCAGACGGCAUGAACAGCUCACACACUGAGCCAGCUGAUGAGGGAACGACUGCCGAACAGCUGCAGGACGUCCAGGAUAGAAUAGAGGCCAUGGGCCUGUUCCUGCCCCAGCCUCCUCCUCCAGACAGCGAUGAAGAGGAAGACCCUGAAGGAGCUGCUGCUCACAGGAGCAAUGCAUCUAUUCCCAUGGAUGCAGAUCACGUUGAGCUGGUGAAAAGGACCAUGGCGGCUAUAAAUUUGCCAACAUUAGGCAUCCCUGCCUGGGCGCAAGAAAUCUCCGAUGACCAAUGGAAGGACAUGGUCCAGCAGACGCUUCAGUCCAGACAAAGCUCUGCAGGCCUGAGACUGGACCGCAAGUGAAAGCGUUUUAAGAGCCCAAGCUAAUCCACUACAUCUGAGUGCAAAAACACAAGCUUCUUACAUGUGGUAACUCAAUACGCUGAAAAGACGACGAAUCUAAAGGCACGGUACCACUUUCAUAGUGGACAUGUCCUUUAAGUUGGAUGUUCCGGGUUCAGUACAAGUUAAGCUCAAUCAAUUAUUACAACAAACAACAAUUUCGACUCGUCCAUCGUUUAUUAAAAAAAAAUAAUAAUAAUUGUGGUUUCAGGUUACAGAGGCACAUGCAAUGGAAGUGAAUGGGACCAGUCCAUAAAUGCUAAAAUACAGUUUCAAAAGUAUAACCACAAUAUGUAAACAUCAUACGUUUAUGUGAUAUUAGUGUGGUAAAAUCCAAUAUUAUACUUGUCAUGAUGACAAAACGCAAGAAAGCUCUGUAAGCGAUUCCAUCACACUGAAAUCAUUUAAACAUAUAUAACAUUUACAUCCUGUUGUUAUACUAUUGAAAGAGUGUGUAUUUUAACAUUUAUGGACUAGCCACAUUUACUACACUUUAUUAAGUGUUUUACUGUAAUUGCAGUUUUUUUGCUUUUUAAAUAAGGAGCGAGAACAAAUGAUUUUCUGUGGUAAUCAACAUUAUGGUACGACAAAUGCUGUCGAUUGAGUUUAACUUGUACUGAGACCAGAACAUUCCUUUAAAACUAAAAUUAAACAAUAUGGACUGAAACUUUCGAAACGGAAAUCUUAUAGUUGACUUUCUGGAGCCAAGAUUAAAAAAAAAAAAAAAAAAAAAAAAACAACACAAAAAAUAA